UGCGUUGCAAAGAGUAAUUUUCAAUCGCCUCGACGGCUUCUUGGGGGACUUCAACGUUGGCGGUACCUCGUGCGUUCUCUUCUGAAACAGCUUGAUGCUUGUCCCUCGAACCUCUUUUGUGAGAUUUCGAGGAUUCUUUUCAUCCGAUUAACCCUACGGAGUACUGACGAUCUUUCGCCGCGCUCCAGAAGCCUUCCCCCGCCGCUCGGCACUAGUUAUCCAGAGCUGGGAGCGGGAGAAUACGCUUCACCAGCUUCGCGGGUCAACGUGGAGUAUCCUUACUCUGCAGCAAAUGACUUCCCUUCGUCCAAACGACGGAGAUUGAUCUCUUCUCCUGCGGAAGAUAUUCGGCUAUUGAACCCAUAUCUGUCUUCCGUUCACCGAGACGAACCCCUAUCCCUUCCUCGACCUCAUGCCCCCUCCUACGAAACCGCCAAGUUCCGGAGCCCUUCCUAGUGGUGAUUUACAGGCAACUAGUGUGGCUCGGAGUUCCCCAGUCGUCACUAGAGAGAGGGGGGGUCCUCUGGCGAGGGCGAUCCUCCCCGUGGUAGACUUGACGGGCGACAGUCCUGAGCUUCAGCCUAUGACGGCCCAACGCAGACAUAGUGCAAAUGCUCAGACGUCUGAUCUCCAUGGUCAAACUUGGUCGGAGUUCUUGCAAGACCGGUCUUCCGGCGGUCAGGGAUCAGGUGAUGCGAGUUCUAGGAGCUCUCCGCGAACAAACCGAAAACGAAGAUUAGCGAGUGCUGGGGAUAAUAGUAGUCAGCCAGAAAGAGUGCGAAGCUCGAUUCCUGGAGGCCCUUCGAGUGCCCAACCAGGUCUUUCUAGACACGCUUCCAGGGCAAGAAGCAGUUUUGGGACUUCGACGACAGCAUCUGAUAAUGGUGGUACUUCACCCCGAAACUCAUCAGCAAUGGCUCGCCAGCUAAAUUCUUUGAGACACCGUGAGAGGAGUUUUACAGACUACACUCUCCCAAGAUGGCAGCCUGAUUCAGAGGUGUCUCAUUGUCCAAUUUGCCGGACGGCUUUUAAUUUUUGGUAUCGAAAGCAUCACUGCAGGAAAUGUGGGCGGGUUGUUUGCGCAUCUUGUUCACCUCAUAGGAUCACCAUUCCUCGCCAAUUCAUUGUAAGACCACCAGAAUCGCGCAAACCACUACCCACAAUUGCACAACCGAUCUCAACAAGGGCGGAAAUUAUCAGCCUCAUUCAUGAUGACGAGGAGGAUGUCAACCAACCACCCUCAUCUUCUUCUCGCCAGCAUGAGCAGCAGUACCAAUUUUCAAACCAAGCUCUUGGUGGAGGGGAGGAAGUUCGCCUUUGCAACCCUUGUGUCCCUGAUCCAAAUCCAGAACCUCCUCGGCGGUACAGUAUCAUGGAGUCGACUGGGCGUCAAAGGUCGUCCAACGUUACAGGCAAUAGGCCUCACAUUUCUCUUUCAUCUUCCUCUCUUCGAAGCUCAGAGAUAUAUGAACAUUUGCCAUCCUUCCAUAGGCCUUCUGCUUCCCUUGGAUCAGCUUCCUUUAUUAAUUCAGAAGCAGCCCGCGAACUCCGACGACACCGGGCUCGUAUGACCUACCAUCCUGAAACAUCCGGUCUACAUCAUACAAAUGAAGCAGGUAUGGGAGGCAGGCGAUUACCAUCCUACGACGCGGUUGAUUAUGCCUUUGGAACCACUAGUCCUGCAUUUCCGCCUUCCUAUAGGCAGUCUCAGGAUGUGGAGGACCAAGUUCAGUUUCCUACUUCAUCUUAUUCUCCACGCACUGCUAGCGCUCUUGAUUAUCAGCAAUGUCUCAAUUAUUCACCCGCAUAUUCGCUAUCUCAACGCACACAGAUUCACCAUGAUCAUCACCGUCAUCCACAAUUAGAUGCGAGUCGACCACUUCCUCAUCCCCCUAGACAGCGGCCAUCCCAGCGCAUCGACGAAGCUGAUCUCUGCCCAAUUUGCAAUAGAAUGCUUCCACCUCAAGGACGAGAUGGAAACGAAGAAGCACGAGAAACACAUAUACGCGGAUGUAUCCGUAGUCAUAGUGAUCGUCACGGAGCAACAUCAGAUCGACAUUCCUCUCCCCCUCCUGGUAGCGGUCAGAUGGUGCAUUUCACAGCGACGGAGAAGGACUGCAUCAGCCAGGACGGUACGUCGCAGGAAUGCACCAUCUGCAUGGAAGAGUAUGAAGUUGGUGUGGAGCUAACACGCUUACUUUGUUUCUGCAAAUUUCAUAAGUCUUGCAUCGUUGGAUGGUUUAAGCGCAAGGAGGAGUGUCCCGUGCAUAAAGUUUUAGCUUAGAUCCCAGACCAUGCAUGUGGUUGCAUCAUCCUGGGCGAUUCUCCUUGCUUUUUUAAGGCCUUUUUGUCUGCAAUUCUUUUGGAGUUUUUGCUUUUAGUCUGGUGGCUAAUGAACUGUUUCUUUCUUUUGGAUGGUGUUGGAGAGUCUAUGCUUGCAUAACAACCUGCUGGAUUAAAUGGUGUUCGCAUUGAAUAUGGAUCGGUUCUCCUUGGGAUUCAAUGGCGUUUGCAACGGGUGAACAUACUAGGAAUUUUGUGGCCGUUUGGGAAUAGGUCCUCCAAUACAGGAUAUAUAGUUAUUCUUAAGUCGCACAAUGAGAAAAUUAUGCAAACAGUC